ACAAGUGCGGCGGCCGGAGCCAGGCCAGGUGGGACACGCGCCCCUCUCCAUGCCGGGCGGCGGCGGCGGCGGCGUCUUUGCGCGCGGGGCGCUGUCCCUGGUGCUGCACGCCGGCGGCGGCUGAGCCGGAGGGAGCCCCGCUGCGCCCCUGCAUGUGCGGCUGUGGGCGCUCGGACUGCGGCGCCAGGAUGGAGGGCUUCCUCCGGCUGCUGCUGGGCUACCUGGUGGCCGACCUGGGGGCCCUGCUGGGCCGGGCGCAGGAGAAGGGCGGCCAGCAGGUGGGCGGCCUCGUGAUGCUCUCCGGGGGGAACCAGAGCGGGCUGGACCCCUCGGAGGCGCCCCCCACCCCGGAGGAGUGCCGGGGCUACUUCGACGUGAUGGGCCAGUGGGACCCGUCCUUCAACUGCAGCGUGCGGGAGUACCCCUUCUGCUGCGGCACUUGUGGCUUCCGGUUCUGCUGCAAGUACCCGAAGGGCCGCCUGGACCAGGACAUCUGCACCAACUACAACAAGCCCCGCUGGGUCAGCCCGGGCAAGCCCCCCAUGCGCCCCAUCGACUCCUCGCACGACCCCACCCGGGACAAGACCAACCUCAUCGUCUACAUCAUCUGCGGGGUGGUGGCCGUCAUGGUCCUGGUGGGCAUCUUCACCAAGCUGGGGCUGGAGAAGGCGCACCGACCCCAGCGGGAGCACAUGUCCAGAGCUCUUGCUGAUGUCAUGAGACCAGAAGCUCCCUGUACGACGGACCAUAUGGAACGAGAUCUCAACAUUGUCGUCCACGUACAGCAUUACGAGAACAUGGAAAACCGGCCACCUGCCAAUAACCUGCAUGCGACACAGAUGAACAAUGUGGUGCCGACUUCUCCCCUCCUUCCUCAGCUAACGCAUCCGCACUCCUAUCCAAGUAUGGGACAGAUCACAAACCCGUAUGAACAGCAGCCUCCGGGAAAGGAACUGAACAAGUACGCUUCUCUAAAGGCAGUGGCUGACAAGGUCAACGACGACUUCUACUCCAAACGGAGGCACCUCGCAGAGCUCGCGGCGAAAGGGAGCCUGCCCCUCCAUCCGGUCCGCGUCGAGGAGGACCGGCCGUACAUUCUUGAGGGCGGCACGAUGAAACAAAACGGGCAGAAGUCCAAAGCCUCGAAACCGCAUAUGCACCCCUUAGCCUACAAAACCUGGGACCCUAGCGACCAGUCCCUCCGCCGGCAGGCCUAUGCCGCCAAAGGCAGAAACCUCGGAGGAGACCCAGCCGGGAGCGAUCCGCUGACCACGCGGAGUCAGCAUUACUUACCCACACAGCCAUACUUCAUCACUAACAGUAAAACAGAGGUGACUGUUUGAGAUCGCUGCCCUUUUUCUUUUCUUUUUUUUUAAAAAAAGAUCCAUUUGGAAAAGCAAAAACAGAGACAAAAAAACCCCCUCCCAAGUGGAACAGACAGGAAAAAAACUGAGAAGCAAGAAAAGGAGUCAGACGUUCCUGGGCGAGGCAGCCAGCUUGAACGGGAGACCUGGGUUAGCGCUUCUACAGCAAUACGCAGAAGGUCGUUUGGACGUGUGUAUUUUACACUGGGAAACCUACCCCUUGGGAAGAACCUCCCUUUCUCCUUUUGUUAAUUUUUACUCCGAAAUUCAGAUCCAUGAUGAGAAGUAGCACAAGUCAGAGACACCAGACAUUGGCUUUAAAAAAAAGACAAUGAAAUCUCUUUUCUGCUGCGUCCGGACAAAGAGACGGAACAAUUUACCGAACACCCAUUUGUGGCUGUCAGGAAUCCUUUUGUACAAAUUUUAAAGAACAGACGUAGUCACUGAACCUGUGAUUUAAAAACACAACAACAAAAAAAGUGACUCGAACGAGCAAAACCACCUUGGUGGAAACCCUGUUGUUGAGUGUUAACGUUUUCGUAUCAUCAGUACAAAAGCAAGCCAGCAAAAAAAAAAAAAAACAUACUUAACAAAUAAGGAAGGGGGGGGGGGCGGUGGGGAAAGACUCUCACACGACAUCCACAAAGACUGUUACGUCCAGGAAGCAGAUGGAGACUUUCUCCUUAGUGGAAAUAUCUGAAGGGUUUGUUUUGUUUCAGUUCGUCUCUUACGUCUUUCAGGGCUAGAGUUGCCUGCUCCGGGUUGGGAAAUCUCUAGAGGUUUUGGGGGCGUUGCUGGUGGAGGGCGGGGCUUGACGAAGGCAAGGACCUCAGUGGCAAAUAACGCCACAGAGCCUACCUUCCUAAGUGGCCAUUUUCUCCGGAUCUCUGUCGCCCGGAGGUCAGUCGUAAUAGCAGGACAUCUCCAGCCACUACCUGGAGGUUGGUAACCAUAUUCAGGACCCCCCCCCAAAGAAAGUCAAAAAGGCAGGUGGAAAAGGAUGUGUCAGCGUAGCAUUCUUCACCCCACCCGCUCUGUCCCAAAUCGCCCCUUUCCCCGAAUGCAGUAAAACUCUCCCACUUGUCCUGAAUUUCCUUUCCCUAGCACACACACAAUCACUCACACUCAGUCAGAGCGGGUGGGGUCUUUACUGUGUUACUAAUGUUGUAUGACCGUCUUGAAGUGAAAUUUGUAUCCAUUUGGGGGGGGUCAUCUCCUCACAUCCGGAGGGGCUCUACUGACACCCUCCCUUUCAUUUUGCUGCGCAAAACGUCGGCAGAUCACGUCCCACUGGUCCAUGUGGUGUUUGCAAGGUCAGCGAAACAAACAGUUGCCUUCCCCACCUCCCUUGUUUAAGCCCUUUCCCCACCAAAACAGGCUAUUGCUGCCGAAAAUUUAUUUCAAGCCUCUGGUGCCACUUUUUUUUUUGCAUUUGUGGCACUGCUCCCUUGUGACUAGUUUCGCCUUUCUUUCUCCCUGUCCUUUUUAUUGGUAUCCCUUCUGCAUAAGCCUGAAUGGUGUGAUUAUAUGAUGGCAUUACCCUUUUAAAAAGUGGGCUGUGUUAAUUUUUCUAAAGCUGUCCCCUUUUUAUCCUGUCUGUCCAGCGAGAUUCUCAGGGAGGCAGGCCCGGUUCUCCUCUCCUCCUCCAAGUUAGGCUGGAAGACAGCGGCUGGCGUAAGGUGAGGUUCACGGCCCAGUGCGGCAUCGAAACCAGAUCUUGUUAUGCUAAAUAUGAAUAGUCUAACUCAGGGAGGGGCCCAGUCUUUUUGAACCUGUGGACACAUUUGGAAUUCUAACACGGCAGGGUGGGAGCAGUUACAAGAUGGCUGUCAUAAAAUGGAUGCUGCAGGAGGCGGAGUCAGCCUCAAAAUGAUUGCCACAACCUAAGUGACACAGUCCAGGAUGUGAUUCUUUUGUGGCACCUGCUGCCAAAGCAAAUUUUUUUAAAAAAUCUGCACAGCCAAUCAAAUUUCCAAUAGUCAGAAGCUUUGCUGGACUAAAACCCUACUUGGCCCCACCCACUUCCCCCAAAACAUUUGGUGGGUGCCAGGAAAGGUGUCAGUGGGUUCCAUUGUGCCCCUGUACACCUGUUGGGGACUCCUGAUCUAAGUAAUUCUCUAAAAGGAGCCAGCAUGGUAUAGUGGUUGAGAGCAGGUGGAUUCUAAUCUGGAGGUUUGAUUCCUCCUUCACCUGAGUGGUAGAGGCUUAUCUGGUGAACCAGA